AUGGCGACUGCUUGCUGCUCCAGCUCUGGAGCGCAGCCUGGAUACUGGUGCUGCAGUGUACCAGAGGAAACUGAGGAAGAAAUAUGCCAUCGGCGGAAACGGGAGCAGAUCUUAGUGUCGUUGAGCCGCGUCAAGGGGCUUUCUUCGUACUCAAAAGUGGUCCUCCAGCCUGACGUUGACUACGUUAUCGACGAGCUGGAACAGAAGGACUUGGAGGACUCCAAUAAAUAUCUAUGCGGGACGCAAACUUCGGUUUUUUCCAAUAGCUUCUGUUUGUUUAUUUGGCUGGGGUUAUAUGCUGUCGCAAUGCUAAGCUUGCAGUUUCGUCUUUACAGGAUGCUUGGCCAGCUGCCUGUACCAGAGCAAUGGCCAGAAAUAGGUCCCUGGGUGAAAGCCGCUGCAGAGGACUACAACGUCAGAUUCGACGCUUAUUACAGCGUGGGCAUUGGCGCCAUGAUGCUGGUGAUGACGCUCGCAUUCGCAUCAGCUCGUUCCAAUCUAGGAAGCUUCGUCGCCAGAAUGACUAAACAUUUAGUGCGAGUGGCGCAGGAAGAACUCCGAACAGAUCUUCGAGAUUCAGUUGAUCAUGAUUUUUACUGCUUUAUUAACAGGCUGCCGCAAUACUUCUGUGUUUCGGAAGAUCUUAAUAAGACAACCAUCAGAAAAAUUCAUCGACGACUGCAUACUGAUCUUGACAUCCGCACUUCGCUCGUGGACUUUGAACUGAAGGGGCCUCUGGCAAUUCGGCACGAAGUCCAGAAAAGGAUAUCGAACAGGCUUUGCUGCUGGUCGUUAUGGUGUUUCUUCUUGCCAUGGCUUCUGACAAUGAUGGUGAACACAGCGCUGGUGCUUCGGGUGUACACCAUGACGUACAAGCAGGACCACGAGAUUCAAGUCAACAGCCCUGAUGUUAUCACCGAAGGAGAAUAUGAGGCCGCUCUUCGCGACGAAGGACUGCAACUUAUUGGCUAUGCGCUACUGGCUAACCUAAUCGCAUGGAUCUAUUUGUUGAUCGUUCAGCUUAGGUGCCUUACCUUCUACGUUAUUAGGCUUCUGUAUCCUCGGAUUAACGUGGCGAUCACUUCGUAUUGCAACCGACUGCUGGCAAGAACAUGGGAAGGCGCAGUUGUCGCGGGAAUAGCAGAAUAUAUCGACGACGUGAAGGCGAAUGUGGGAUUUUUGGAGGAGGAAAUCAGGCUGUCAGUGUCGCCGAAGGGUUCACACCAUGCUCCAACCUGUGGUGACCAUGCACCUCGCCCAUACCGAGGGCAUUCAAGUGACUUUGGGUCGGCAAAUGCUGUUGCCGGAUUCGAUUCACUAGAGCGGUCCUUUAUUGUCUUGCACGUGGAUGUACAGAAGGCGGGUGAUUUUAGUGCAUUUGUAAAGGAUCGCUUCAGCACUCUCCUUGUUUCCGUUGCGUGUCAGAAAGGACGCGGCACACUGAGAGGAGGUGAAUUUCUAAACGGAGAGGCGUAA